AUGGGGUCAGAAAUCCACACAAAGAUCCCCUACAUCGAAACCCCACUCAUCAAAUCACACACUCUCUCAGAAGUGGCUGGUUGCAAUGUCUUCCUCAAGCUGGAGAACCUCCAGCCCUCAGGGUCCUUCAAGUCUCGCGGCAUAGGCAACUACAUGAUGGCCAAACUCGCCGCUCAAGGCGCAGACACCAGCAAGGUCCAUUUCUACUGCUCGUCCGGAGGCAACGCCGGGCUGGCCUGUGUCCAUGCCGCCAUCACCUUGGGGUGCCGGGCCACCAUUGUCGUCCCGCUGUCGACUUCAGCCUUCAUGAUUGACAAGCUGCGACAGGCCGGUGCCACUGAUGUUAUUCAAAAGGGGGCCUCGUGGCAAGAGGCAGAUGACUACUUGACGGGAACCCUCAUGGAGGAAGCCCGUACCAAGGGAGACGUUGCCAUCUAUGUACCUCCAUUCAACGCUCAGGAGAUUUGGGACGGUGCCGCGGGCAUCUCGCACGAGAUUGCAAGACAAAUCCCCGCCAUGACCAAACAUUAUCCGGUGUCCAUUGAGGGUGUUGUCGGUGGAGGUGGCCUCUUGUCUGGUGUCGUGCAGGGUCUCGACGACCUCUCCAUGCAACAGACUCGAGUCAUUGCCGUUGAAACUCUCGGAGCAGACUCUCUCCAUCAGGCAGUCCAAAAGCGCGAGCUGAUUACCCUGCCUGCCAUCACUAGUCUUGCCACCACCCUGGGUGCGAGAAGGGUCUGCCAAAGGGCCUUUGAGUACGGACUCCGUGAGCAGGUCUCAACCGUGGUGCUCUCCGACGCCGAAGCCAUUGCCGCCUGUAAGCGGUUCGCAAGCGAGGAGCGCUUCCUGGUCGAGUUGUCGUGUGGAGUCGUUCCCGCGGUGGUGUACAGCGGGCGGCUGAAGGAGUUGAUUCCCGGACUCAACAAGAAUAGUGUGGUUGUGCUUGUGAUAUGUGGAGGGUGCAAUAUCUCCUACGAAUUACUCGAGCACUAUGUCACAAGCCAAGCAGCCGCGGCGCACACAAGCUGA